AUGGUAGGAAGUAAAAGAUUGAGAGCUUCCAAUGCUUGCGAAUAUUGUCGCCAAAGGAAGACAAGAUGCGAUGAAGGAAACCCUUCUUGCUCUUUAUGCUUAAAACGCGGUAUUACUUGCCACUACAAGCAAGCCACUCCAUCGAAAUUAGAGAAGUCGAUCAACGAUAUCCACCUCAAAAUUGAGAAUAUUGAGAAGAGGUUCCAAGCGAUGGAACAGCAAGGCAGCUUCAAUGGUCGCAGAGUGGGAGAACUGCUGCUGCUAAAUGAUUCUUGGUCUGCAAAGCGGCCAAAGGUUGAAGUGGAAUCAAGUUGGAGUAACUUCUUUCCCUCAAAUAGUAUAUCGGCUGAGAUAGACAACCUAGCUGAUUUGGUGACCAAUGAGGAGCAAAAUUCCGAAAUUUUAGGACAGAAUAUGUAUUUAAUUCCGAAUUUGAGCACGCUGAUGGCAAAGCUCAGAACGUCUGCGAAACUCUCUCUCAACUCAUGUUAUUUAUCUUUGAAUUGUGAAGAGUUCUUAAUAGAAGAAGAUAAAUACUCUUAUAAGGGAAGACUUGACGAUUCGACCCUUCAAUACAACAAUGUUUUCUCAACAUCUUUAGUUGAGAAUUUUAUCCAAUCGUAUUUGAACUACAUCUAUCCAGUUUAUCCUUUGGUAUGUGAAGAUCAACUAGGUAAUAUUCAAAAUGAAAUGUCUACUAUGGGACUUCAUAGCUCGUGUCGAAGCUGUAUCUUGUUAAUGGUUUUGGCGUUAGGGUCCGUUUCAAGUUCAGGUGAUCUGAAAAAUUUAGUAGCUGUUCCUUAUUGGACAAGUGACGAGUAUAAACAAGAGGGUGCCAAAAAUCUUCCUGCGCCUCCAGGUUGGAGCUACUUAUGGUUAGCUCUUGCCAUGAAAGAGCGACUAAUUACUUGCGAAAAACCCGGAUCUGCAACUGUGUGCAUUCAACUCUUAUUUUGUCUCUAUUUUCUUAAAAUUGGGGAUUUGACCUCUCAUUACAUUGAAUUGAAACAUUCUUCUACACAGUUAUACUGCUUAUUAUUGAAACAAAGAAACACUGAAUUAUCAGGUCUAUCCGUUUCUGAAGACGAAAAAGAAAAGUUGAUUAGGUUCUUUUGGAUAUCGUUGAGAAUGGAAAGAGAUUUUCAAAGAAUGGUCAAUAUUGAGACAUCUCCGUUGUCUCAAUUACAAAAUUGUUUGGAUUUGCCCUCUGCAUGCUCUACAAAGUUUCCGCGAGAUUCUGUUACAUUUUAUACUUUCUGUUUUAUGACAAAUGUUUUGCUUUCCAACAUCAAAGAUAAGACAAUUGCAGUCUUGGUGAAUGUUGGUAAAUUUACCACUGACAAUAUUUUUCUGGCUAUAUCAAAAUUUGAGUCUGAUUUAAAAAAGUGGAGACUGUCAUUGACUGUUGAUAUACAAUGGGAGGAGUGUAUGUUCUUGGAAGAAAGGGGUCCUGAAAUGACUUCAUUAAAGUUGACCUAUUAUAUUUGUCUUGUUUUCGUCUAUCAUCUCCUAAUUCACCAUAUAAACCUCACCGAUCUUGAUAUUUCAGAGAAUUUUAUAGCAAAAUCUAUUCUUAGGAAGUCUGUCGAUUCUGCUGUGAGAGCCAUAGAAUUAUUCUCGAGCAUGUCAAUAGAUGAACUUACACCAGGGGUAUGCCAUGACUUGCUGAUCUCAAUGAAAAUAUUGGACGAAGCUAUUUCAAUCUUGGAUGAUUUUGAGGAGGAAGCUGACAUUUCUAGAGUUCUGAGUAAAGCUCCUUUGAUUCAACUCAAUCUUGAGAAGUUUGGCCGUCAUUCUCCCUUAAUUGAAAAAGAUUUAAAAACUUGUGACGAUAUUUUACAAUUGUUAGGUAACAAAGCUAGGACCUGA